AUGCCUGCUUCUCCUGCUCCGUACGAUGCCUUUGCAGCGGCCAACGGUGGAGGCGGGUUUGUCAACGAAAAUGGUUACUGGUAUUAUGACAGAUCUUCUCUCGACGUUAACAUUGGAUCACAGACCAUGGCGUGGUGCGGUGAUGUACCGUAUUGUAUAACUGCGUGGAUGUAUCCAAGUGCGAGCUUGAGCUACUACUCCGUCUCGUUCUACGCGAACAUCUCCGUCGACAUGAACAUGUACCCCAACACGGACACACUCAAGUGUACGUUUAGCUACAAGCCGUUAUGGAUCUCCACCAAGACGGCAGCGGGUACGGCCAUCCCGCUCAAGGUCGUCGUUGGAUCACAAACAUUUUCGGAUUCUUUACCUGCGGGCAAUUUUGACCGUGUCUUUGCGACAAAUCAAUGGGAAGGCGAUGCCUACUCGCAUGACGCGGAGAUAGCGCUUUCGCGGAAUAAUGGCGCGACAGUAGCGUAUAUCCCGCUGUUCAUCAACAUUACUUGGCCACGACAAACUGGAGAUUACAUAAACUAUUAUGUUAAGUCCGCCACGUUCAAGAUUAACAACGAACGUACGGGCGAGGGGACUUCCUCCUCGACGGCGCCUGGAGCCUCCAGCACUACAACUUCUCAGAAAGGGAACCAAUUUACUACAAUAAUCGCUGGUGUAGUUGGUGCAAUCGCAUUGCUUGCCCUGCUGGUCAUAGCCAUCUUGCUCUUCAAGAUGCGACAGCGGCGGCGACAGGAAGGAGAGCUCAAGGACAGUAUGAGCGAGCGACCACGCUCACAAAACUCUGGUCCGCAUGUCACGCCAUUCAUCUCGCCGCCGAUGACUCAACCACCCAACCACCAAUCCUUUGUGCAUGGGUCACCGCAGACGCAGCAGAUGCAAACGCGCACCAGCACAGAUCCAUUCCAUAGUUCAGAUCUUGUGACUACACUUUCCAGCCCUCACGAUACGGCAUCGCAAUAUCCCCCUUCAUCUGUUAAUUUCCCUUUCAACAUCCCCCCGCCCACGACAGUGGUGACGAGCCGAAAGGGCACUGACCUUCCCCCCUACUCCCAAUAG